UCUUCUUCUUAGUUUCUCUCUCAUUGCAACAAAAGAAAGAAGAAGAAAAAGAAAAGGCCUUUCUUCUUCAUGAACACCAUGAUUAUGUCGUUUGUUUUAGUUGCAUUACUGCAGAUUCUACGCAUGCAUUAUCAUGUGUUGCCGGCUCUUGCAGCAGUUGCAGAUUCCAAUCGAAAUGUCUACAUCGUUUACAUGGGAAAAAGGCAGCACCAUGAUGUUGAGCUUCUUACAGAAACUCAUCAUGACAUGCUCGCAUCUGUUCUUGGAAGCGAAGAAACACCCAAAGAUUUCAUGAUAUACAGCUAUAAAUAUGGUUUCUCUGGCUUCGCGGCAAAGAUGACGAAGGAUCAAGCUCAAAAGCUCUCUGAAUUACCUGACGUGGUUCAUGUCACACGCAAUCGAUUUUACAAGCUGAAAACAACCAGAAGCUGGGAUUACCUUGGCCUCUCCUCCAUUUCACUAUCUAAUCUUCUUAACAAAAGUAAAAUGGGAAAUGGUGUUAUCAUCGGUCUCCUUGAUACAGGUAUAUGGCCAGAAUUACAAGUUUUCAAUGAUGAAACUCUGGGACAAAUCCCAUCCAGAUGGAAGGGAGUUUGUGAAUCCGGAGAGCACUUCGAUGGUGCCAAAGCUUGCAACAGAAAAUUGAUAGGUGCUCGUUAUUUCGUCAGAGGACUUGAAGCUGAGUAUGGACAACUAUACAACGCCAGUGAAAAUGAUGAUUACAUGUCCCCGAGAGAUCCGAGUGGACAUGGAACGCACACAUCUUCGAUUGCGGGUGGUUCGUUCGUGGCUAAUGCUAGCUGCGAUGGAUUAGGUCUUGGCACGGUGAGAGGCGGUGCACCCGGAGCUCGUUUAGCUAUGUACAAAGUGUGUUGGCGUUUGUAUGGUGGUGUUUGUGCCGAUGCUGAUGUGUUGAAAGGCUUUGAUGAAGCAAUCAAUGAUGGUGUGGAUGUGUUGUCUGUGUCUCUUGCAGCUGAUAUGCCCUUGUAUUCUGAAGUGGACCAUCGCGGUUCCAUUUCAAUCGGUUCGUUUCACGCCGUAGAGAGAGGGGUCACCGUUGUUUGUGCGGCAGGGAACGCGGGUCCAAGUGCCGAAACCGUGCAGAACACGGCACCCUGGAUUUUUACUGUUGCAGCAAGCACUGUGGAUCGGUCCUUUCCCACACCAAUAACAUUAGGGAAUAACCAUACCAUCAUUGGUCAAGCAAUGUUCACAGGAAAGGAUACAGUGUCCGCAACAUUGGUGUACCCUGAAGUCUCAGAUCUCAUGGUUACACGUUUUUGCGAGUCCUUCUCGUCGGGCGAUGAUUGGAUGGUAGGAAAAGUGGUGCUUUGCUUUGCUUCAGACUACAAUCAGAGCUUGUUAGAUGAUGGUAUAUCAUCUGUCAAAAAGGCUGGUGGUUUGGGAGUAAUUGUUUCUAGGAGUGCAAGUAACUACUUUUAUUCAUCUGUUACCAACUUCCCCUGUGUUCAAGUAACUUAUGAAAUCGGAACUCAAAUACUAUAUUACAUUCGAUCCGCAAGUAAUCCCCAAGUAAGGUUGAGCCCCUCAAGGACCUAUAUUGGCAAGCCUAUUUCGACCAAUGUGGCAUACUUCUCAUCUCGAGGUCCGAGUUCAAAUGCUCCUGCUAUACUUAAGCCGGAUAUAGCGGCUCCCGGCGUGCAGAUAUUAGCAGCAAUCCCUACUUUCGAUGAAACAACGAAUGGUGCAUUUGCUUUUCUCUCAGGAACAUCAAUGGCAACUCCACACGUGUCAGGAAUUGUUGCCCUGCUGAAAUCAUUGUACCAGGAUUGGUCACCUGCUGCUAUUAAAUCAGCAAUUAUCACCACUGCAUUGACUGCUCAACAAUCUGGAGGACCGAUUUUUGCCGAGGGAGAACCACCAAAACUCGCCGAUCCCUUCGAUUUCGGAGGUGGAAUUGUAAACCCGAACAACGCAGCAGAUCCUGGCCUUGUUUACGACAUGAAUACAGAGGAUUAUGUGCAAUAUCUUUGUGCCAUGGGCUAUAGUAACUCUGAUAUAUCCCAGGUCACUGAACAUCCAAUAACUUGUCCUUCUAAACAACCCUCUAUUUUGGACGUAAACCUUCCAUCCAUAACCAUCCCAAGUCUUAAAAAACCAACCAUUCUUACCAGAACAGUCACAAAUGUCGGACCUAUCAACUCCAAGUACAAGGCCAACAUUGAGUCCACAUCAGGCAUAAACAUAGCAGUGAAACCAGAAACGUUGAUCUUCAACUCCAAGACAAAGAUUAUCUCCUUCUCUGUGAUGAUUACAUCGACCCUCAACGUCAAUGCCGGGUACUACUUCGGAAGCCUGACGUGGACAGACGGUGUUCAUGUUGUAAGAAGUCCGAUAUCUGUGAGAACUGAGGUUGCAGAAAGCAUUUUCUGAUGAAACAUGUUUACUACAAGCAAGGGAGCCUGUCCAACUGUUAACAACAAUUUAUUAAAAAAAAAGAACAUAAAUAAAAGGAAUAGUUUGUGGUAUUUGAAUCUAAAUUAUGGUACAAAUGAAGAUGUAAAGUAAAACCCUUUUCAACCAUAAGCUUGCAAUUGUAAAAUAUUGAAUUUUAUGACUUCAUUGAUAUAGUUACAGCUGUAACCGUAUAACUAUCAGCAGGUUCAGAG